CACGUUAUCCUUACCUUGGGACGCUUUAUACUCCCGCCCUCGCUUCUUCUGCUGCCGGAGCCCCUCGGGAGACGCCAGAUCGAAGAGGCUGGCGUCGCGGGAGGAGCAGCGGAGUCGUCAGCGCGCCACGGAGGCAUUCACGGAGGAGUGACGCGACAUGAACAAGUUGAGCGACUUUGAUAUCCUUUGUUACUCCCUCGGGGGUGACGACUCGCCCCCCUACUACCGGGCCACCGAGAGCUUCGACUUCCCGACGCAGGCAGAGGGAGGGGCUGAAGGUGCUGCCCGCGUGUAUGGCAGCAGUGUGGAGUCGACCAGCCACAUGCCCUCCGCCCCGCCCACGCCGCCCGCCGCCGCCAGAUGGCCCGCCGCGGGAGAGGAGGCCGCCACCCACGCCCCGGAGACGCCCGACCCCGCGGCGGAGGCGGAGCGGCUCACCAUGUACCGCUGCAUCAUCUCCUCCAUCGUCGAGUCCGAGACCAUUUACCUGGAGUGCUUGGACGUGGUGCUGCAGUACAUGAAGGCACUCAAGGCCACCCUCACCACCUCGCAGCCAAUGAUAUCGCCGGACGACUUCUCGACAGUGUUCUACCGCAUCACGGAGCUGCACGCCGCCCACAGCGACUUCCUCAACGGCCUCAAGGACCAGACGAAGCAGUGGGAUGGCACCAGCUCCAUCGGGGAACUGUUUAGAGUCUUAGCAAGCAAGCUGGACGUGUAUGCCACCUUCCUGCAGAAUUAUCCCCGCGCUGUGGAGACAGUGAGGAGGUGCAGCGCCCAGAGUGCACAGUUUGCAGACAUCACCCGGUCCAUCAAGCUGCGCUCCCUCCAGGGUCAGGCUCAGUCCUUGGAGGAUCUGCUCCAUCGCCCUGUUGCAAGGGUGCAGAAAAAUGCUCUAGUCCUCCACGAUCUGCUCAAAUACACCCCAGAAACCCACCCCGACCAUGAAAUCCUGCGUGAGGCCCUGAGGCUCACCCAGAACUUCCUGACGCACCUCUCCAUGCUGCACACUGAGGCCAUGUUCCCCGUGAGUCGCGUCCCCGAGAAGUGCCGGGGGAAGGAGGAUGCUUCUCAGGACCGACCUCAGCGACACCUCGUCCGCAACUCCUUCAUCGUGGAGUUGGUUGAAGGUCACCGAAAACUGAGGCACCUCUUCCUCUUCAACGACGUCAUAGUCUGCGCAAAGUACAAACCAACUGGGCGGUCUGAGAAGUUCACGUUUGAGGUCAAGUGGUACAUCAGCCUUCAUGACAUUGUGGUGAUGAACGACAGCGGCCCCGAGACCCUGAAGGAGGCCAACCCCCCCAAUCUGGUGUCCCUCAAGUCCCAGGCAUCCACCGUGCGGGACCAGCUGAGGCGACACGAGACGGCUGUGGCGGACAACAAAGGGGGUGGUCGCCUUAACAUGGUUCGAAAUGAGAAGCAAAGAAAAAAACUGGCCGAGUUGGAAGCGCAGUUGGUGCUGGCGUCCCCGAACCUCCCCUUCAGGAUAUCCAAGAGGGCCGGCUCGGUGCACACCUUCCUCAUCUCCUCGGAGUAUGAGCGAGACCAGUGGGGCGAGGCCAUCCAGGUGCUGCAGGCUUUAGGUUCUGAUUCCAAGUGCAAGUUUGGCUGGGUACUCCUUAGGCCUCAUUUACUGGAGAGAGGAACAGUUCUUGUUGAAUCUGUCUUACCCUUCUUGCCCCAAGCAAGCCCUGUUGACUCCUCCCAGUCUCUCUUGACUUCUUGUUUCCUCGGGGCCAACACACCAGGGGUCGGGGGCAGCUCCCUCACCCUCCAGGAGCUGCAGACGUGGAUCACUGCCUGCCGCUCCUUCCUCAAGACCAACAUGGGCUCCUUCUUGCUCAAGUCUGGUGUGGACGACUCGCUACUCCUGGGAGACCUUCACAUCGUGGUCUCCAGCCUCCAUGGCCUCACUAGUCCUGCGAAUAUGUACGUGUGCUUUGAAGUGGACUCCUACGGUCACUUCUUCCGGAAAGUGAAGACCAAGAUGACGGAAGGUAUAGAGCCGCACUGGAACCAGGACUUCAUUAUUGAACUGGAGGGAUCACAGACACUGAGGAUACUGUGCUACGAGGAGCACCCCAAGCUUGGCACACAGCUUAGGGAAAAGACGCAUUUGGAGCUUUCCCGUACUUGGCUGAAUGACACACUGACUGAGCGCCGCGUGAGCCUUCAAGACUUGGUGUUGGUGUUGUCAUUCAAGUUCUUGCCUCCAGAAGCAACAUUGAGGAGAGUGCCCACUGGCAAGUCCUCAGGUCUAUUUGGCACCAAUAUUGCUGUUAUCUGCAGACGAGAGAAGAGGAGUGUUCCGUUCAUAGUCACUCGGUGUGUAAGAGAAGUUGAAAGACGAGGAAUGCAAGAAGUGGGGGUCUACCGAGUGUCUGGCCUGGCAUCUGAUAUAACUAAACUCAAAAAGUCUUUUGAGUCAAAUCCAUAUGAAGCAGAACAGUUGAUCAAAGAGGUGGACAUACACUCCGUGACAGGCCUCCUGAAGCUGUUCUUGCGAGAGCUUCCUGAGGCGCUGUACACGAGUGAAUUGUACCCGCGGUUCUUUGAAGCUUACAGUGCAACUGACGCCGAGUACAGAAAGACGACACUGCUCAAGCUCUUCUCGUCCCUCCAUCAGCUGAACCAGUCCAUUAUAGCAUACCUUCUGGAGCACUUGGUGAAAGUCCAUGAAAUGGAGCACUACAACAAGAUGUCUCUCCACAACUUGGCCACCGUAUUUGGCCCAACGCUGCUGCGGCCCGGCGCCAAGCCUGGCAACCCAUCGCCUGCAGAGAAGCUGGCGGCUGGGACGGUGGACGUGAUGGCCCAGGCCGGCAUCCUGCACUUCUUCCUCACCCGGCGUGCCAACAGAGAGCCAAUCCAGGUUGUCACGCAGUGAAUCCAUUCAUCCGCAUCAUUCAUCUGCGUAUUCUGUACAUAUUUUUCUUGUACUCUUGAUACAUAUAUUCCUUUUCAUGCCUCUGUCUCAUGCUGGGAAGUGAGGAAAUUCCUAAUGAUUUUGUUGGAUUUUUUUUGGUGAUUAAGCACAGGCUAUAUUUCAUGAAAGGCACAUUGUCUAAAAUAAUAUUCUUGAUGAGUGGUAUAUAGAAAAUUUAUAUGUAUUUAGACUGUUAUAUUAUACAAGUAUAUAAGUGCAUAAUUGGAAUUAUGAUGAUAUUAAUGGCAAAUAUAUUGAUGAAUGGAAAUUACAUUUAUUGGUUGUUAAUACUUCCACUUUAUCAUUCUUAUAACAGUAUUUAACAGAAUAUUAUAUCCUUCCUGCUUUCGUUGGUUUCAGUGUAAGCAUUCAACAUAUUUUAGCAUGUCGUGUCUGAGUACUAGUGUCUCAGUGCUUUGUGUUGGCUUGUUGGUCGGUGAGGCGGUACAAACGUUAUUUAUCUUGCAUACAAAGUUAAAAGGUCAUGUAUGUUUGGCUUUCCUAUGUUGGUGUGGGCAAUUAUCCAUUCAUGCCUUUGGUAAGUAAAUCAAAUAUGUAGAUAUUGCUUUGCAUCCCCUUCACCCGCACUCCAAAGGAAAGGGGAUUCUGUUGACGGAUGCUUCAACCUGAAGUUAUAUGUCUGCAUGGUAAGGUGUAGUCAAGACAUAAAUCAUAAUUUGUAUUUAUGCCUCUACCAUGAAAAGUAAAAACAUGUAUGUGCCUACACCAAGAUUUUUGCUAUUUUCAUCUUGCAGGAAACACAAAUUCUGAACGUGCAUACAGGUGUUGUCUUUUCGGGUGUAGGGAUAACAUAAUCUGUACUAGCAAGAUGAUGAUCAUGCUAUUUGCUGGAAGUUAUUUCAUAAUAUAAUAUUCUGUUAUGUUGCUGGAGUAAUUUAUGAAGUUCAAGCACUUAUUUCUAUUGAAAUUAGUGAAAAAAGUUAUAUCCCUUGGUGUAUCUUGUUAAAAAGAAGCCAUUAUUUGGAUGUGAUGUCGUAAAGCAUAUAUACCCUUCCAUUAUUGUCUUGCAGAUCAAAUUCUAAAGUUUUAUAAUGUUGAAAGAGUUAAUGACAGGAAUUAUCUGCUCUGAAGGUUCAGCCAGUCCUGCUGCCCUGAUGGGGGAGUGAGUGAGUGUGCUCGUGUUUUUCACCUCUGAGAGCCACGGCCUUUACUUUCCCUAUUCUGAGAUACUGCUGUGGUUGAGAGACUGCUGUGGUGAAGCGCUAGACUUGAAUCAUUUUAUUCCAUGUAGAUCUUUGAAAGUACAUUGAGCAUUUGGGUAUCUUCAUUAAGUACAUGUGUCUUUGGCUCUACAGUCCCGAGAGUCCUUAGCCAUUCCUGAGAUGAUGAUCUCAAGUGAUUUCCUUGUUAUAAACAGUGUUUCUGUAUUGCUCAGUUUUGUUUCACUUUUCUCUUAGGUUUGGGCUGGGUAUUGUCAUUCUAAAGGAAUGUUGCCAUAAGUAUAUUUUCUUAUUUGUAUUCCAGUGAUUAUGGUAUUUAAGUUUAAGCCAUUACUACUGUGAUAAAUUUGUUGUGCAUGAUAACCUUUUCUUUAUUUAGUUUAUUCUGAGGUAUUUGUGUUCUUUCUAAGGUUGCAUGUUUGGUCAGCCUGCAGAUGUCUUGUUCUAACUAUUCCUGGUGGAACAGAGCUGCCUUAGACUUGAAGCUUCAAACAAGCUCUUAGCAACGUCAAGCUGUCCAAGUCUAGGCUAGCUGUCCUGAGAGUCUUGCAGCACUCUCCAUUAAUGGAGAGGAGUUUUUUAGGUGUCCAGAGCAAUGUUGUUUGUUUAAAUCCUCACCAAAGCUGAAGAAAAUUGGUUUGAAUCAUAUCAUAAUAGACUCACUCUGCCAACAGUGCUUCUAAAGUAACCAUGUGUUCAGAACCCUCUAAUGCCUUCAUGAUAGUCAACAGCCAAAAGCUUUCACACUUUUGGGUAAUAACUGAGGCCUUGUACACCACAAGAUGUGCACGCUGUGGUGCACAUUCUGCUCUGCCCAGGGGAUAUAUGCCUAAUGUUUUAUAUAUCUAUGCUAUGUACAUUUGCAUAAUUCGAUCUGAUGAAGCUAAAUUUCUUGCACCCUCAGAAGCUUCAUUCUCUGUGGCUUCCCCGGGUGCAAACAGCAACUGGUCAUGAUUCACAUGCUGUAAGCUGUACAUGUGAUGAAGCGUGUUAGAUAUUUGGGGGCAAACUAAAGUGAAGAAUGUAUUAAUUGCCUUUUGAAUAAUACUCUUUGCUCAUAGAUAUGAAAUGUGAGUAAGAAUUAUGUUAGAUAUGCUUGUGUAGGUGUAGAUAUUUGUACAUAUAUAUUUGUACAUUGUGCUUAUUUUGUACAUUUAAAUAUUAUGAUUGCACUUGUGUAAAUGUAUUGCUGGAGACACACUACAUAAAUUAUGUUCUAUUUGUAGAUGCUUUAGCAGAGGUCAGCCCCAGGAGGCAGUGUCCUUCCUGAGAGAAUAUGCAGGGCUCAAUUUUUAUUUAUAUAUUUUUUUGUGAGUGUGUAUUUCUGAAAACUUAAUCUAUCUUAUUGAUUUGCAGCCACAAAUACAGACUUAAGAAAGAUGAAAACAACUAGUCUGCAUAUCAUGCCAAAUAUUGAAGGUGCCUGUAAAUGAUACACAAGGCUAACAAGUAGUAAAAGAUGCUGUGUCCAGCAAGGAAGCAAAUUUUUAAAUGAAAUAGUCGUCAAGUGUGGUGAUGAUAUGCAUAACUAAUAAGAUGGUUUCAUAUCAAGUACAAGUAGCCUUUUUUUAAUGAACCUUGUCCAUGAAAAUUCUACAACAUAUUAAAUGGCAAGUUUGUUGUAUUUAUGUAACAUUUGUAUUCAUGUAUGAUAAUGUUGGUAAGUUAACUAAUACAACAAUUCCUCUCGUGUAAUCAUAUUGAUACAGGGAUGUUUGUGGUAUAUUUCAUUCUCAACAGAGAAGCAUCUUGAAAGUUUGAAUAUUAAAACUUCAUCAUCAUUUUGGCUUAUUAUUUCUUUAAAGGAAACUGUUGACCCAACUGUUGUUAGUGAAAAUGCUGUUGGGUGAUGCUGGGCAGCAUGCCUUCCAUACAAAGGAAAUAGUCUCAGUAUUUAAACAUUUAUAUAUGUAAAGUUUUAACUGUGAACUUCCUACAUUAUUUUAUUCUCAAAUAAUAACCAACCUUUAAGAUAACUAACAUUGAUGGUUUUUCCUACUGUGAAUGGAGUUCAGGCUCUGGAUUAUAUGAGUACUUACAUGCUACAUUCAAUGUCAUAGUGUGUGUGUGUGUGUGUGUGUGUGUGUGUGUGUGUGUGUGUGUGUGUGUGUGUGUGUGUGUGUCCCAUGUGGAAACUAGGCCAAGGUCUUCCAUCCAUUGGCUCCAAGAUUAAUUCAUAUGUAGCAUAUUCUUUAUACAGAUGACAAUUUGUAUGCAUGUUUGUAUGUAUGCAGGUGGGUGUGAAUGUGUGCAUGCAGGCAGGCAUACCUUUAAUAUUUACAUGUGCUAUUGGUUCAUUUUAUUAUAUGUGUACAUGUGCAAUAUAAUGAACCCUUUCCGUAACAUUUCCUUUCCUGACACACAGGACAUACCUUCUUGCUACCUCCUAUGUUCAUUCAUAUUUAAAUGGAUACCGAAUAUACAAGUAAGGUACUUGCCCAGGUGUACAUAUUCAAGAUUUCUGAUGACCACAUCCCAUUUCUAAAUUUGCUGUAUCACAACCACUUGUGGCAACAUGUCUACCAGCAUCCCUCGAAAGGUUUGUUCGCGGGACAGGGGUUGGGAAACACAGUAAUGGACCAGAAGCUGUAUUUUUGCAUCUAUUGUAUACAGAGUUGUAUUUGUACUUAAAGAUAUGUAGAAAC